AUGAGGCGCUCUUCCUGGAAGGUGGCGGUCGACGUUCCGCCCGAGGCGCCUCCGGCCACCAGGCCGCCCGAGCAGAAGAAGUGGCAGGCGGCGGCGACAGGGCAGCACGGCGCGGCGCCUUCGUGGAGGCAGUUCCUCUCCCUCUGCCUCGGCGCGACCGGAGUCGUCUUUGGCGACAUCGGGACCAGUCCGCUCUACACCUUUGGCGGCAUCUACCUCGAGCUCGGCAUCGACGCGCUCGCCGCUGCGGACCAGCAGAUGCGCGAGGACGAGCUGACGGGCAUCUUCUCCUCCAUCUUUUGGGUGAUUGCGGUCGUCGUCUGCUUCAAGUAUGGCGUCAUCGUCAUGCAAAUCGACCACAACGGCGAGGGCAUAGCGAGGAGCUCUGCCGGCGGCUCGCUCGCGCUGAUGCAGGUGGUGCUGCGCGCCGUCGGCACAAGGGCGGCCGAGCCGCGGCUGGUUGGCUUCACCGCGGCCCUCGGCAUGAUUGGCACCUCGCUGCUCAUUGGCGACGGCGCCAUCACGCCGGUGAUGAGCGUGCUCGGCGCCAUCGAGGGGCUCCCGAUCGAGAGCGACGCGGUGCUCGCCUGGCUCUGCGUCGCGAUCCUCGUCGUGCUCUUUGGCGUGCAGAGCUUUGGCUCCAAGGCGAUCGGCCUCGUGUACGGCCCAAUCAUGAGCCUGUGGUUCCUCGUCAUCUGUGCCCUCGGCGUGUACAACACGUGCCGCUACUCGGCAGAGGCGGCCAUCGUCGCGCGCGGCUUCAACCCGUACUGGCUCUGGCACUACUGGUUCUCGGGCACGUGCAGAGGGUACGAGGCCUGGAAGUCGCUCGCGGGCAUCGUGCUGACGGUGACGGGCGCCGAGGCGCUGUACGCCGACAUGGGGCACUUUGGCCGGCGCCCAAUCAUGACGGCGUGGUUCGCGCUCGUCUUUCCCUCGCUCGUCCUGCAGUACAUCGGGCAGGCGGCUGCGCUGCUGAGGAGGCCAGAGCUGCUCGCCGACUCCGCGGGCACCUUUUACGGCUCGGCGCCGUCGAGCCUGCGCUACCCGCUCCUCGCGCUCGCGAUCCUCGCCGCGGUCAUCGCCUCGCAGGCGCUCCUCUCGGGCGUCUUCUCGGUGCUCUCUCAGGCGGUGCAGGCCGGCUUCAUGCCGCGGACCAAGGUAGUGCACACCGACGACAAAAACAAGGGGCAGGUGUUCAUCCAAUCGGCAAACUUGCUGCUGCUCGCGCUCUGCAUCGUACUCGCGCUCGCCUUCAAGACGUCCUCCGCCCUCGCGGGCGCCUACGGGAUCGCCGUCACCACCACCUUUGUCGCCACGACGGUGCUGCUCUACCUGGUGCUGCGCCGCGCGUGGAAGUGGUGUGCCGGCUCCGCGCUGCUCGUGUGCCUCCCGCUCCUCGUCGUCGACGGGCUGCUCUGGUCGUCCAACCUGCUCAAGAUUGCAAACUCGGGGUGGGUGCCGAUCGUCAUCGCGCUGGCCGUCUUUGGCGUGCUGAGCACGUACAACUGGGGGCGCGAGGAGGAGGCGGCGCUGCUCCUCGCCGAGUGCGACGCCGAGGAGGGCGCGGCGUCCUCCGACAUCACGAGCAGCCUGAGAAUCCCCGCGCUCGAGGCGGCGGUCCGGGCGUGCGGCUACCCCCGCACCAGGGCCGUCGGCAUCUACCUGACGCCGUACGACUGGCGCGUGCCUCGCUCGCUCGGCACGCUGGCCGACGCGUGCGGCUCGCUCCCGGGCACCAUCGUCCUGCUGAACGUCCGUUUCGAGGACGUUCCCUUUGUCCCCGCCGAGGAGCGGGUCGACCUCGCCGUCAUCAGCGACGAGCUCGGUCUGUACCAGGCGUCGGUGCGCUUUGGCUACGCCGAGCCCCUCAACGCGGCGCAGGGCCUGCACGCGACCCUGGUGGCGGCCAAGCAGCCAAAGCUCUCGGCGCUCCUCGCCGCCCACGCGCGCCUGCCGACCAGGGCGUCGGCGCAGGUGGCCGCGCCCAGCGUGCACUACAUUCUCAACCGGCUGCACCACAUUGUCCGCCCAGAGCACGGCCCGCUCUGCCGGCUGCGCGUCUCGCUCUACAAGUGGCUCAAGCAGAACGAGUGCCCGGCCGUCGCCUUCUUCGGACUGGAGGACAACCGGACGCUGGAGGUGUGCAGCGUGCGCAGUCUGUGAGGGCGGCGUACGGCAUCCGUCGAGGCAUAAAACUUGCCGCAGCCUGCGGCGAUGGCGGGUCGGGGAGGCGGGUGGGAGGCGGAGCGACGGGGCGGCGGCGGAGGGCCCCAGGCGGCGCGGGCUGCGCGGCGACGGACAGGCAGGUGGUGACGGAGCCGGGCCUGUGGUGGCGGCGGCGACGAGGGGGGAGUUCGAGACGGCUCUCAGAGGGUGGGGCGCACCCGGAUACCGGCACUGGAAGCGUGCGCCGGGGGCGAAGCCGCCUGCGACGUGGGCGGGAACGCCGUCGGGCCGCCGGUGCGCGUGCGCGGCGCCGAACCAGCGCAGGGCUCGGCUGGAUGCGGUUUGAGUGUUUGAGCGUCUGCGCAUCACCGCGGCUGCAGAGGGCAGA